AGCUGCUCUUUUUGUCUCAGCUCUUUUUCUGUUUGAUUUCUUUGACGUUUAUUUAUUUUCAGUUCGUGAUUUCGUGGUUGUUGGGAGAUCCAUAACUAUCGAACUAAUUUCAAUAACGUAAAAAUGUUGUUGUCUUCUAAAAAGUUCGUGCAAUUUGCGGUGAGGAACAUCCGGGGUAUCUGCUCAAGCUCACCGAAAUUGAGUGAUAAUUUAUUUGUACAUCGUGACACCCCGGAGGACAAUUCAAGUAUCCCCUUCGAGUUUACAGAGGAGAACAAAAAGAGAGUUAAGGCUAUCCUUAACAUUUACCCUGAGGGCCACAAACGAGGUGCAAUGAUUCCUUUGCUCGAUCUAGCCCAGAGACAGCAUGGAUGGCUUCCUAUUUCCGCGAUGCACAAAGUAGCGGAGAUUUUGGAUUUACCAAAUAUGAGAGUCUACGAGGUUGCCACCUUUUACACGAUGUUUAUGCGUAAACCAACUGGAACCUAUCAUGUCCAAGUAUGUACGACUACACCUUGUUGGCUACGUGGUUCCGAUGAAAUUUUGGAUGUCUGCAAGAAAAAGCUAGGUAUUUCAGUUGGGGAAACGACCAAGGAUGGUAAAUUUACAAUUUCCGAAGUGGAAUGUUUGGGAGCCUGUGUGAAUGCCCCUAUGAUAGCAGUGAAUGACGAUUACUAUGAAGACCUCACAGCUAAAGAUACCGAGGAGAUUUUAGAGAGCCUAAAGAAAGGUCAAGUUCCUCGACCAGGUCCCUGGAACGGACGCUUUGCCUCAGAGCCAGCUGGUGGAUUAACAUCGUUGAAAGAGGAACCUACAGGUCCGGGAUUCGGAUUGCAACCAGGAUUGUAAGCUGUUACCAAUUUAUGAAAGCGUAAUAAAAAUGCAAGAGAUCAGAACGGA